AUGUCUAAAAUGGAACCAAUUCAAAGUUCAACUAGAAGAAACAAUUCAUUAACAUUAACAUUCAGUAUUUCAAAAAGUACAAAUUCCACCGAUAGUUCUCCGUCUUCUCCUUCAAGAACCAGUAAAAUACAAUCACAAAAAGAACAAAUAAGUCCAGGUCAAUUUCCAGAUGCUUUGAUGAAUACUGAUCAUUUUCAUCGUAAACACUUAAAUCCACUUAAUAAUCCUGUGCUUCAUGUUUUGGCUUUGAAAAAUUCAAAUAAUUUUAAUAAAAAUCAACUUCCAGACUAUGCACGUAAAGAAUUAAAGAAAUUAAAAGAAAAGUUAAAAGAAAAUCAUCACAAAUCUGUCAACAAUAUUGUACAUUCGCAUAGUCUUGAAGCCUUGGCUACUAGUCUUUCUGGUAGUUCAUUACCAUCAGUCAAAGUAAAACAAUCUAAUGUGAAUAAUUCUCCGCGAAAAUAUCAUCCAGUCAAAUCAAAGUCUCCUGGUGUUGAUAUUAAAUUUAAUGAUGAAUCGUCUAAAUCAUUAGGCGAAGUUAAACCAAAAUUAUCAACACAUGAACCGACAAAAAAGUUGACUUCAAAGAAAAAAAAUCAUUCGAUUGGUGAAGGUGAAACUAAAGUUUCAAUGUUACGUCAAGUUGAACUUGUACAUUCCGACGACGAUGAUGAUGAUGAUGAUGAUGAUGACGAUGCAACAACAAUCGAUGAUGAAGCCUACGAUGAAGAUGAUUUACCUGGUGAACGGAAGAAAACUGAUAUCUUACGAAGUAAUGUUAGUGAAAGUGGUGAAAUUCCCCUUGGUAGUUUGCGACUAGAUCAUACAUAUUCAUCAACAACAUACAACAAUCCAAGAGAUGAUAUAAAUAUAGCACGUGAAAUAGUUUCCAAAGUGCUUCGUGAUACAAUUGACCUUGGUGAACGUUCUGGAGAGGAUUCAUCUACUAAUUAG